AUGACAUCUGCCGGCACAACUGAACCCUUCUCGGCCGUUGCAAACGCCCAAGAUGGUAAACACCACGUCCUCCUCGCAGCGAGCGGGUCAGUGGCCACCAUCAAAAUCCCAUUGAUUGCAAAGUCCCUUGCGCGACACCCCAAUGUCUCGAUCCGAAUCCUCCUUACCCCGUCCGCGGAGGAAUUCCUACAAGGACAGGCUGCAGAACAGCCCCCGCUCAUGUCGCUGCUCGAAAUCGAAAAUGUUGAUGGGAUAUACCAUGAUCGUAAUGAAUGGAACAAACCAUGGGUCCGUGGUGACAAGAUCCUACACAUAGAACUACGGCGUUGGGCUCAUGUCCUCCUCGUUGCCCCCUUGUCCGCCAACUCUCUUGCCAAGAUGGUCAAUGGGAUCAGCGAUGGUUUACUUCUCAGUGUCAUCCGAGCCUGGGAUACUACAGGCGUCAUUGAUGGAAGGAAAAAAAGGAUCUUCGUCGCCCCAGCCAUGAACACAGCCAUGUGGCGCCAUCCGAUCACCAAGAAACAGAUCAAGAUACUAGAACAAGACUGGGGAGAGGGCGAAACCGGCUGGGUUACAGUUCUCAAGCCUAUGGAGAAAGAAUUGGCCUGCGGCGAUGUCGGCGACGGGGCCAUGCUGGAUUGGAGGUUGCUUGUGGAACAUGUUGAAUCUCAUUUGGACAUUAGUUUACAGAAGAAGAGUGGUGUGGCAGAUGGCGAUUGA